CGUACUUCGGCAAAUAAAUUCUUCAUUGAAUUUCUUGUGGAGUCAAAUUCCCAGUUUAUACUUCCGAGAAGCAUUAGAUUUCCACUAAACUAGCCAUAAAAGGUCAAAGUCUUGGAUCACGUUGCAACAUUUUCAACUACGCAGUUCCUCUAUAGCUGUUGGAGGAUAGAUUUAAUUCCUGUCCUCAUGGAGUCAAGACGUCGUUGCUGUGGCUGUUGUAGCCGAAGAGUUUUGAUCAUAAGCUUUGCUAUAACAGGAGUCUUUCUCCUUGUGGCUGGCUUAGUUUUAGAUGUCGGUGGAGUGUUCUCGAACAUAAUCAAGAACAAAGUGGAUCAGAGUGUUGAACUAAAACCUGGUGGCUUAGUGUAUGAAGAGUGGGUUAAAACUUCACUUCCUGUGUACAUGAAGUAUUACGUAUUUGACUUGAAAAACCAUGAGGAAGUAAUGACAGGAAAAGCAGUUCCUGCUGUAGAGCAGAAAGGCCCAUAUUCUUACAGAGAACUUAGAUCAAAUGAGGUGCUGAACUGGACAAGUGACAGGAGCAUUGUAACUUUUAUGCCAAACAGAACUUAUGUUUUUGAUCCGGAGACAUCUUGUGAAGGCUGUGAUGACAGGAAUGAUACAUUUAUGAGUGUGAAUAUUCCACUUAUGACUCUGGCUUUGUGGGUAAGAAACAACAACUAUGACAAGAAGCAUGAAUUCUGUUUCCUUGGAAUGCUAAUUGAAGCUGAAUUAUACAAAGUCAAGUUGUUUCAAAGGAAGACUGUGUAUGAUAUCCUGUGGGGAUAUAAGGAUCCAUUCUUGGAGUUCUUAGUAAAGGCCACCCAAGGAAUUCAUAUACCCAUCAUAGAUAAAAAUAUCACUUGCCCAGGGCAGGAUGGAUUAACAGACUUUGUCCAGUUACAGUAUAACAACACAUAUUAUGGAAUAAGUGCUGUGAACAGUGGACAAACUGACAUCAACAAGCUUGAACAAUUUACUAUGUGGAGAGGAGAAUCCCAUUUAUCAUGGUGGAGUGACAAGUAUGCAAAUAUGAUUAAUGGAACAGAUGGUACUCAAUUUUCGCCAGGUGUUGAUAAACAAGCGACAUUAUAUGCCUUUUCUCCAGAAGUUUGCAGAUCUUUAUUUUUUGUCUAUGAAUCCGAUCAGACUGUAAAGGACAUUAAGCUGUACCGCUUCACAGCACCAGAAAAACUUUACUUGAAUGGUGAUACUUACAAGCCCAAUAAGGGAUUCUGCAUGCCCUCUGGCUGUUUACCCACUGGCUUGCUGAACAUCAGCCGCUGUCAGCCAUUGAAUCCACCUGUAGUGUUAUCGCCACCUCAUUUCUACCAAAGUGACAAGUCCUUGUUAGAAGCGGUUCAUGGGCUUAACCCAGAGAAGAGCAAACACGAAACUUACGUUGAUAUCGAACCGAUUACUGGUAUUGUUAUGAGGGCAGCUAAAAGGAUUCAAAUCAACAUUGCCGUGGAGCCUGUGAAAAUGUUCGCUCCAACUAAUGGGAAAUUUUCGAAAGUUUUCCUUCCUGUGAUGUACGCUAGUGAGAGUUUUGUAAUUACCGACGGGAAAGCAGCCGAUUUUCGUCACAAGGUGUAUUUACCAAUCACAAUAACAGAGGUGAUACAAUAUUUUCUGAUGGGGCUGGGAGCCCUGUUCAUUCUAGUAGCCCUGUUGUUGCUGAUCUUGACGGCCAAUAAGAAGAAAAACGAUCUAGAAUUGCGUGUAAAUGAGGGCGAUGGUCAUGUUAAGGACGAUGAGAGACAGCCUCUUGUUACUGACGGUAGCGCGAUGUACACCUAGAAGAGAUCUUGCACCAACUUUUCAAGAAAAUGAAAUGGAGAAAUGCUGGGAAAUGUUUAAUACGCGGAUUAGAGGACGCCGGAAAAAAAAGGACUUUUUCUUACAGGAAUACAUACGUGCUUUGUAAAGGUUGCUGAAAGCUUCGUUUGUUUGCAAAAACUGAAUUUAUUUUGUGAUGAUGGAACUUUAUGCACAUUCAAUUAGCGAUGAUAUUCAAAUUAGUAUAGAAAGGGUAGAAUUACUAACAGCGAGACAAAUAUGCAUGCUAAUUUGUUAAGUUAAAGAUACAACCGAGUUAACUUAUGCGCCAGUGUUAACAUGAAGGAACAGGACACAGCUCAAUCCUCCAUGUUGGGUCUGAUCUAGCUUUUUUGCAUGUAAACCGCCUUCAAACAUUUCCGGCAUUGCAUUAAAGGUUUUCCUUCUCGGUGAUUCAGCUCGAGUUAAACAAGUAACCCGAAUUUGUGUAAAGAGGCCCCUAACAGUGGAGGAAGUGAUAAGGUACUGCUAUGGUCUCGGUACACCUCGCUUUGUGAUUGAUCAAGAAAAUUCACUCUUCAUUGUCUCAACCAAGCAAAUGUUAG